AUGUCUGAGCAUGCCAAUAUUGCAGCCAGUGUGGACGACGACGACGAAUGCCGUGAUGCCACCAUCAUGACAACGGCCGGACCCGCCAUGAACUUCGACUGGACUCGCGAUCCACCCCCAGCCAAUCUCACGCCUUUUCAGGAGUUCGUCCGGCAUGUCGAUUGGGAAGCUUCCUCCAUUGGCCCAAUGGCCACAUGGCCCUCGGAGCUCAAGCAGGUCCUUCGCCUAAUGAUGGCUGACACGGAACCGCAUAUAUUGUACUGGGGCCCAAAGUUCACCAUUAUCUACAAUGAGGCAUAUAUACCUCUAGUUGGUGCUAAGCAUCCAGCAAUGCAGGGGAAAGAUGCAGCUGAUGUCUUUCCCGAGUUCUGGCCCUACUUUGACAAGCUCCUCACUCGCCAACGGCUGACUGCAGAAACCUUGAGCGGCGAGGCCGACAUGUUCCUCAUGGAGCGGCAUGGAUUUCUCGAAGAGACUUACUUUGAUUGGAAACUGGUUCCCGUUAUUUGUGACGAUGGCCAGGUAAAAGGCGCAUAUGGAUGUCCUUCUGACCUGACCCUCGACAUCAUCACAGCACGCCGGGUGGACUGCAGAAAACAGAUCGCCAAGCAGAUCACAAAGACCAAGAGUUUGAAGGAACUCUGGGAUGUGACCUUGUCCGGCUUGCGCAUAGACGAGAAGGACACUCCCUUUGUCUUGUUGUACUCUGUCAAGGAGCAGACAGGUCUGGCGGCGCCUCCGUCGCGUCCGCAUUACACUUGCCGUCUUGAGGGUUCCAUUGGUGUUGACUCUGACCACGUUGCUGCCAAACAAUACAUUGAUGCCCAGUAUGAUAUCGAUGGCUUUGCACCACAGAUCCUAAGUGCCUUCAAGGCCGAAGAGACACUUGUCUUGAAGACGACCGAUUCUAGCCUCGAGCCGCUGCUAAGUGGAAUUAGAUGGAAAGGCUAUGGUUCGCCAAGCCACGAACUCGUCAUUCUGCCGCUCAAGUCGGAUGACGAGAUUGUCGCCUUUUUCAUCUUUGGACUGAACCCUUACCGGAGAUAUAACCAACUAUACGAAGACUUCCUGCGGUCCAUCACCGAGGUAAUGAGACCGCAUAUUGCCAGAAUCAAGUUGUCCGAGGAAGUUCAACGCCGUGCGGAAAUUGCUCGAAAGGCUACUUCAGACUUUCAGAAGAGCGAGCAAAGAUUUGAAAACUUUGCGGCACGCUCUACAAUUGGCCUUGCGGUUGCUGGCCUUGAUCGCAACAUCAUGUAUGCCAAUGACGCUUGGUACAAGUUUGCCGGACUAGACCCGACCAGAAAUGAUUAUGACGACUGGCUGGCGACUAUAGUCGAGGAAGACUUGCCCUUGGUUAAGGAGUGGUGGAAUAAGGUCCUCGUUGAGAAGAAAGCUGGCCAAUUUCAGUAUCGGUGCAAAAUUCCAUUUCGUCAGGGUCACAUGUACUCGGACUAUAAAACAGCCAUCUGCGCUGUAUAUCCGGAUCUUAACGAAAGCCAGGAGAUCGAAAGUGUUAUGGGCCUCGUAGUCGACAUCUCUGAGUUGAAAUGGAAUGAAGAACAACUCAGUGAUCGGUCCAAGGCUUUUGAGGCAUCGGAGAGCAAGUGGAGAAAUUAUGCAGAGAAUUGCCCCCUUGGAAUCGUGCGAACAGACGGAGAAGGUCACGUCCAAUACGGUAACGAUGCCUGGCACGCUUACUACGGCUUUACUCGGGGCCAAGUCACUGGCGCACAGCCUUGGCUGCCGUUCAUUGCCGACAACUGCCUCAAACGAUGGGAUGAGUGCUUUCGAAGCUUCAGCAAAAAGCCUGGACCAAGGACUAUGGAGCUCAAACUGAAGAACAGAGUUUACUCGGUCCAAGAAGGAGACCAUUCCAUCGAGAAUGGUGUGUAUAUACUAAUCACGGGCUUCUCCGAGUUCAAGAACGAUGGCACAGUCGAUCACAUCGAUUUCUGGGUCACUGGUGAUAUCAGCGCCCAAAAGAUGGCAGCAAAGAUCUUGACGGACAAAAUGGACGAGGCCAUUCGCUUGAAGACGCACCAAGAACGAUUCAUCGACAUGAUCAGUCACGAAAUUCGCAAUCCUCUUUCGGCUGUCCUGCACUGCGGAGAGGAAGUGGUGGGUGCUAUGAAGGCAAGCUCAAAGGUAUUGAAGGCGGCGCUCGCCGACGCAUCCGGGCCACCACAGAACGAACACACUGUCAUAAGUCAGCAUAUUGAGAAUGCACUAGAUGCAGCAAACACAAUCAUGUAUUGUGUGCAGCAUCAGAAGCAAAUCGUCGACGAUGUCCUCACGCUCUCGAAACUUGAUGCAGAUCUUCUAGUAGUGUCUCCGGUUCCCGUCCAACCAAUGGAUCUUGUGCGAACUGCACUCAAGGUUUUCCAGCCUGAAUUGAAGAUGACGGGCAUUACGCUUUCCGUGAUUGAGGAUCGAUCCCUGAGGGAACUGCAAGUGAAUUGGGUCCUCCUCGACCCAAAUCGUUUCCUACAGAUCGUAAUUAAUCUCGUCACAAACGCGAUAAAAUUUACCCGCACGUCGACGGCCAAGGAGAUAGUCAUCACGGUAGGCGCAUCGCCCAGUCAAUUGAGCAGUGAUAGCCUCGGGGUCAAUUAUGUGCCUCAGCGAUACGAACCAGCCAAAGCCGCCAGUCCCACGGAUGAUGUCUGUCGUGACACGGUAUCCCGAGGAGAAAUGUACCUGUACUUCAAGGUCAGUGAUACGGGGAAGGGGCUUACCGCCGAUGAAAUGGCCCUCCUUUUCAACCGUUUCGCACAAGCUUCUCCGAGGACUCACAUCGAGUACGGCGGUUCCGGUCUCGGCCUGUUCAUCUCUCGCCAGAUUACGGAAAUGCUUGGCGGUAAAAUCGGCAUGAGCAGUUCUGGCAGAACUGGGAGCACUUUUGCCUUUUACGUCAAGACGCCCAGGACAGGACCGCCACGUCGUCCCUCGAUUAGUAACGAGCCCAUCAUAGAGCUUACUAGGACGUUGAGCUUGACGAGCAUGACCUCGCCGCUUGUCGUCCCCCCACCGUCACGCCAGGAGAAGGGUGCCGCAGCUAUAGACGUUGCACUUGUGGCACCGGCAGCCAAAAUUGAGGCUCCAGCUACCUGCCGAUAUGUUCUUGUUGUGGAGGACAAUCUUGUCAAUCAAAAGGUCCUCUGCAAGUUGCUGCGCACCAGGGGUUUCGUAGUCCAAGCUGCGAACCAUGGUCAGGAGGCAUUGGCGGCAAUCCGUAUGCUUCCGGCCAAAGAAAAGAAAGACAGCUUUGAUGUGAUUCUCUGCGAUAUAGAGAUGCCCAUCAUGGGGGGUAUCGAAUUCGCCGAGGAGGUCCGAUCACAGGAAGUGUCGGGUAAAAUGCUAGGCCACGUGCCUAUCAUCGGCGUUACGGCCAACGUGCGCAACGAGCAGGUCAGCGCAGCUAUCGAAGCUGGAAUGGACGGCGUUACCACGAAGCCCUACCGUAUCGAUGAUUUGAUAGCACAUAUCAAUCGUGUCUGCAAUGCUGGCGCCUGCGCACCGGUUCAGUCUGCGGUUAACGUGCGGUUAUGA